UUGUCAAGGAGCGAUUGCAAUUGUUCAGUAUUCACACAGACACCCUGCAACGACCGUAAUUAAACCUCCUUACUCACUUCUCUUCUCUUCCCUCUCCCUUUCUAUGUGCUUUCUUUGUCUUGGAUGAAAUAGGAGGAGAAAGUGCACAACUUUGGUUAGAGGAGUUGGUGGGGCAUUUUCCAUUCAGCCAAGCAUUCCACAUUUCGAAAGCUCUUUACCAUAAGGGAUUAUAUGUUCGAAGUCAACAUUGAUCUAUUGCAUCGGUUGGGAGCUGAGUGACGAUGCCAAACCAGCUAUGGUUUGCACUGCCAAUGAUUUACAAGGAUGGAAGGAUUUUCCAAAGGGACUCAGGGUUCUUGUACUUGACGGAGAUAGAAGUUCUGCUGCUGAGAUAGGAGAACAACUUGAGGCCAUGGACUAUCAUGUUUCUACCUUCUAUGACGAGAAUGAAGCUUUGUCAGCAGUCUCAAGUAGCCCUGAAGGCUUCCAUGUUGCCAUAGUGGAGGUGAGUACAAGCAGCAGCCUUGGAGGUUUCAAAUUUCUUGAGAAUGCAAAGGACUUGCCUACCAUUAUGAUUUCAAAGAAUCAGUGCCUGAACACCACGAUGAAAUGCAUUGCGCUUGGUGCCGUUGAGUUUCUCAGUAAACCGCUCUCUGAGGACAAGCUCAAAAAUAUUUGGCAGCAUGUUGUUCACAGGGCCUUUAAUUCUAGGGCAAAUGGUCUGUCUGAGUCAUUAAAACCUGUCAAAGAAUCUGUAGAAUCAGUGCUGCAGCUUCAAACAGGCAAUGAACAAGAUAAAACUCAUAAAAGGACGAUGUCGAUUGAUUUAGAGAAUGUGUCCAGAUUUGGUGAUAAUGACAAUGAGCAAUCUGUAUGUGAUAAAUAUCCGGCUCCUUCAACCCCACAAUUGAAACAUGGGACACGGUUAUUGGAUGAUGGAGAUUGCCAUGAGCAGACUAAUUUCUCAAUAGAAAAAGAAAGUGGAGAACAUGAUGGGGAAUGCAAAUCAGUCGAAACUUCAUGUGAGAAUUUGAAUGCUGAAAGUACUCCUCAACCAACUGAACCUGAGGAGACUCCGAUUAAGGAGGAAGAGGAUUUUGCCGAUGGUUCCAAGGGCGAGAGAGCUGUUUCACUGAAUCUACAGAAUGAAAAGUUUCUCAGCAAUGCAGAUGGUCACACAUCUCCAAAAAAGAUGGGAGUUCUUAAUGAUUCAUGUGAGAUUAAAGCUAACAGGAAGAAGAUGAAAGUAGACUGGACGUCCGAGCUGCAUAAAAAAUUUGUAAAGGCUGUUGAACAACUAGGCAUUGAUCAAGCCAUUCCUUCUAGAAUAUUGGAGAUAAUGAAAGUGGAAGGUUUGACACGGCACAAUGUGGCAAGCCAUCUUCAGAAAUAUAGAAUGCACAAGAGACAGAGUGCACCUGGGGAAGAAGAUCGAAAAUGGCAUAAUCAAAGAGAUGCAAUGCAAAGGAACUUUUAUCUGCAAAGACCAAUCAUGGCCUACCCUCCCUAUCACUCUAAUCAAACCAUUUCUCCAGCACCUAUAUAUCCUAUGUGGGGACAACCAGGAAGUCAAACAGCUGCUGUACAGAUUUGGGGGCCUCCUGCGUACCCCUUGUGGCAUCCAACAGAAAGUUGGAACUGGAAGCCUUAUCCGGGGAUGCAUGUGGAUGCUUGGGGAUGCCCAUUGUUCCCACCUCCUCAAGCUCCUGGUUUUCCCUUCAAUCAAAAUAUACCUGGAUUGCACACUCCUAAACCAAUGGAUUAUAGAUUCAGCAUGCCGCGUAGCUCCUUUGAGCAUCAUCCGGCAGAGGAGGUGGUAGACAAGGUUGUGAAGGAAGCAAUUAACAAGCCAUGGCUACCAUUGCCCUUAGGACUCAAAGCUCCUUCCACGGAUAGUGUGUUGGCUGAGCUCUCCAAACAAGGCAUAUCCAGCAUCCCUCUUGGCAACAAGGGUUCUUCUGCUCCAAAACCCUGCUGACGUGUACCAAUGACCCCACCACCGGCUCCCACAGAUGAUGAUGAUGGGGCUGCCCUGUUGAGUCACAUAUCAACUCCCUGUUGAGUAUUGUAGUUAUUUUUUAUUUCUCAAAUUCCCUUCAGGUUGCAACCACAGUGGUAGAUAUGACUGGAAGUUGGGACCACAAGGACCACUUGUGGUCCCCACCGUACACCGACCACUCAUGCUGUCCCUUCUUAAGCUGCUGAUUGUUAAUGGUUGAUAUGAUAUGGUGUGAUAUCAGGUCUGGUCAUACAACACCAUGAUGCAGCACAAAUGGACUAUGCACUGAUUCUAUUCAUCCCACUUGCCAAAACACAAAACUAAAAUAUUAAAAACAGCACUCAGAAGUUUAUGGCUCCAUUUGAUGAAGCUUUGCACAAAAUGCUGAGGCUCAAAAUAGUUGAUGAUGAUUUUGGGGGUUGAAAGUGACCGUUUUUGGGGUCCAUGUAGAAAUUUAUAUCAGGAUUUGGGGUGUCUUGGUGCAGUUGAGAUGGGGCCUAGUUGAGGUGUAUAAUUAUAAUAAUGGAAAAGGGUAGUUAGGAUAAUGUUUUGAAUAAAGAUGAGUCCAGGCCUUGGUGGAUGCUAACUUGUUCUUUCCCAAUUCAAUUUGUUCAGUCAGCUAUUUCAGCUUUUAGUUCAUAGAAUUCAGUUUGGCUGGGGCCAUCCUUCUGGUUUUUAGCUCAA